CGGGCUAGUUGGUUCAAUCUCUGGUUAGCUCUGCAAAGCACCUGUGGGGUCGUGCAAGCCCUUUCCCCCCUAAAGACGCUUAACUAGCCAGGUGGAAGUGAAGCUCGGCUUUAUCCCCCGAUAGUUCAACAGCCGGGCAGCCCGGCCGUCUCCUGCAGCGGGGUCUCGAGGGCCUGGUAAUUAACAACGAUUGAUGGGCCAUCGCCCCUGGGUUUCAGGUUAGACAAACACUUCGCGCCGUUGGUCAGUUUCACGGAAACUUUUGGUCCCUCCCCUCGGGGGCUGCGGGAUCUCCCCCCGGCUACGAAACAGCAGCAGCAGCAGCGCCCGCAGAGCCGGCUGCCCAUCAUCCCGCUGAGUCCCUUUUUGGAUUUGCUGCGCUGGGGAUUUUCCACAACCUUCCAGUGACAGGAUCUAGGAGAAAAGGAGAAUUCAGGAAAAUAUUGCAGACUGGGAGCUGAACCUACAGUUCUUCCAGAAAAAAUAGGAUGAGCAAAACUGAAUUGGUGCCAUAUUUGUUGAGAGAGACUAUGGAUAGGCACAAAGUCCCUCAUUUGAGCUGUUUGUGCACUGUCCUUUUGGUGCUCAUCUGGACUGGCAUCUCACAUGCCCAGAAGGAUUGUACAGGAGUGGAGUGCCAGCAAUUGGAGAACUGUAUUGAAGAGGUGCUUGAGCCUGGUGAAUGCUGUGCCUCUUGUUUGCAACAUGGUUGUACUUGUGAAGGCUACCAGUACUAUGACUGUGUCAACGUGGGCUUUAUGAAUGGCAAAGUACCCGAAGGGCAAUCUUAUUUUGUGGACUUUGGAAGCACUGAAUGCUUGUGUCCCAAGGGAGGAGGCAAGAUCAGCUGCCAGUUUAUGCUUUGCCCUGAGUUGCCCCCAAACUGUAUUGAUGCUGUGCUACCAGCUGAUGGCUGCCCUCAGUGUGGAAGAAUAGGCUGCCUCCAUGAAGGUCAGAAGUAUGUAGCAGGCCAUACGUUCCAUAUUCCUCCGUGCAAGGUUUGCCAUUGCCCAAAUUCUGGAGGUGAACUGAUGUGCUACCAGCUCCCAGACUGUGGUGCAUCCACAUUAAAUCCUCAGAGCCCAACGGAUACUGAAGAGAAUGAACCAGAGAGGCACUACGACGAUCCGUACAGCUAUGACCAAGAGGCACCCGAAGGAGACGCCACUCAGGUGGAAUCACCUAAAAAACACAGGAACUCUGCAGCCCAUACAGAAGAAGACAGCAUUGGCCAAGAACAAAGUGAGGAUUACGAGUACCGUGGAAUAAGCGUUACUUCCCCACCGUUGACUCAACCUGUUACACACACUAAAGAAGCUGCUGUAGCAGUCAACAUGCACCCUCCUACUUCCCACCCUGAACUUAACAGUGCAAUGGAGCAAGAAGAGGAAAACAGAGACCUAAGCACCACAAUGGCACCCACAGUGCAGGUUCUGAGUGAAAAAAUAACUGUGACUAACAGUGCUCCUGAGGAGCAAACAGCUAUGAUGGAGAUGCCCACGCAAGUGGUAGAAUCGGAGAGAAAAUCAAAGGGGAAACAAGGGGAGAGAGGGAGACAUGAACAAGAAGGAUAUGCUCGCCCUAAACCAAGAAAACACAUGAGAAAAGAUUAUAAAGAGCAGGGGGGCAGUAUGUCUCCAGCUCUGAAAGAGACAAAUGUAACAGUGUCACAUGGUCACAGACCUUCCCAUGAAAAGCAUGGAGGAAAUACUUUCCCCAAGGUCAAAUUUAGUCCCACAACAUCCCCUCCCAUUGCUCUGAAAGAAGACCGUAGUCAGGCAUCCCAAAAGCAGUCACAGAUGCUUUAUCAUUACCAACCUGAAGAAGAUGGAGACCCUAAUUCUAUUCAUGCUGCUUCCAGGUUACCAGAAGGUUCCACAAAGGACUUAAUUGAAACUUGCUGUGCAGCUGGACAACAGUGGGCUAUAGACAAUGGAGAAUGCACAGAAAUCCCAGUCAGUGGGACUGAUGGUGAUAUUUGCAGAAUUGCUCAGAAGCAGUGUUGUGUCUCAUACUUAAAAGAAAACAGCUGUGUUGCUGGCAUGAUCGCAGCGAAGGAAGGAGAUUCGUGUGGACCUGAUGAAAGCAAUAUCUGUGGAGGAUCUUUUUAUAAGCAAUGUUGUGAUUGCUGCACUCUGGGACUGAGGGUAAAAAGUGAGGGGCAAACCUGUGAGUCCAACCCAAAUCUCGGCUAUCCCUGCAACCACGUGAUGCUGUCCUGCUGUGAAGGAGAAGAUCAUCUUAUUCCUCCAGAAAUAAAAAGGCAUCCCGAACCUCUGCCAACAGUGACACCUGAGAGAAUUUCAGAAAUUGAGGAUCACAAUGAAGCCUUGUCCAUCAGUAACGAUGCUGAACUGUCUAACAACUUACCUGGAGAUGACCUGGAUGAGUGCCUUGUCUAUCCUGGAGAGCUCUGUCAGCACCUGUGCAUCAAUACAGUGGGAUCUUACAAGUGUUCAUGUUUCCCAAGAUUUACUCUGCAAGAUGAUGGGCUCAGCUGUAAUCCAGAUAUUGAUGAUGGACAAAACAUUGAUGAUGGACAAAACAUAGGAGUGGAAGCCACCAUUGCUACAGACGCCUCUAAUAUUCAGCCUACCACUAUUAAGACUUUACAAGUAGAGCAAAAUAAGUGUAAAGAUAAUGGCCCCUGCAAGCACAUCUGUAAUAUUGUGGAAGGAAAUGCUGUGUGCUCUUGUUUAAGUGGAUAUGCUCUCAUGGCUGAUGGCGUUUCCUGUGAAGAUAUUAAUGAAUGCCUAACAGAAGCACACACCUGUAAGCGAGGAGAACACUGCAUUAAUACAGUUGGAUCAUUUACAUGUCUCCAAGAACUCAGCUGUCAGCCAGGCUAUGAACUUAAGGAUGGUGAAUGUGUUGACAUUGAUGAAUGUGUGAGAGGAACUCAUACUUGUCAAGUAAACUUUGUAUGUCAGAAUACAAAAGGAUCAUUUUAUUGUGAAUCAAAGCAGCGAUGCAUGGAAGGAUUUUUACAAGACCCGGAGGGUAAUUGUGUCGAUAUUAAUGAAUGCACGUCACUUCCUGAGCCGUGUAAGCCUGGAUUCAACUGUAUCAAUACUGUUGGAUCAUACACUUGUCAGAGAAACCUGUUAAUGUGCAGCAGAGGCUAUCAUUCCAGUGAGGAUGGAUCUCGAUGUAUCGAUGUUGAUGAAUGUCAGACAGGCAUACACCGCUGCGGAGAGGGACAGAUUUGUCAUAAUCUACCUGGAGCUUAUCGCUGUGACUGCAAGAUGGGCUAUCAGUAUGAUGCAUUCAACAGAGCCUGCAUUGAUAUAAAUGAGUGCUGGAAUUACCCAGGACGACUGUGUCAGCACACCUGUGAGAACACUCCUGGGUCCUACCAUUGCUCUUGUUCAUCUGGAUUCCGCUUGGCCUAUGAUGGGAAGCACUGUGAAGAUGUGAAUGAAUGUGACAGCACUCCAUGCAGUCAGGAGUGUGCCAAUGUCUAUGGUUCCUAUCAGUGUUACUGCAGGCAAGGGUACCAGCUAGCAGAAGACGGCCAUUCUUGUAAAGAUAUUGAUGAGUGCACACAAAGUGCGGGUAUUCUUUGCACUUUCCGCUGUGUGAAUGUUCCUGGUAGUUACCAAUGUGCUUGUCCUGAGCAGGGAUAUACUAUGGCAGCAAAUGGAAGAACAUGUCGAGAUAUUGAUGAAUGCGCAAUAGGAACCCACAAUUGCUCAGCUGCAGAGUCUUGCUACAACAUCCAGGGCAGCUACCGAUGCCUGUUGUUUGAGUGCCCUCAGAACUACAGAAAAGUAUCUGACAUGAGGUGUGAACGCAACAAUUGUUUUAAUUAUGUGGAUUGCCAAAACACCCCUGUGCGAAUUACUUACUAUCAGCUCAACUUCCAAACCAACAUCGUAGUCCCAGCUCAUAUUUUCCGUAUUGGACCUUCACCGGCCUAUGCUGGAGACAACAUAAUACUUACCAUCAACAAAGGAAAUGAAGAAAACUACUUCAGCACUAGAAAGCUUAACUCCUAUACGGGCAUUGUCUAUCUUCAGCGACAAGUGAAGGAGCCUAAAGACUUUUUGUUAGAUGUUGAAAUGAAAUUAUGGCGUCAAGGAACAUACACAACUUUUCUUGCCAAAAUUUACAUAUUCAUCACAGCUCAUGCUUACUGAGGCAUGUAUUGACAUUGGAAUUUAUUGGUGCUAUUCUCUUUUAAUAUUCUACCAAAGCUUAUUAUGGUGGAACUGGUAUUUACUGUAUCUAGCCUUUAUAAUACUUUUCUAUCAUUGCUUCAAACUAUUUUAUUGGUUGUGUAAAUUAACUUAAUUUUUACUGACUUGUCUUUUGUGUAAUUCUUUAGAUGUUAAUUGGACUGUACGUAAUUGAAGGAAAGAUUUUAAAGGCAGUACAUGUGUUGUGUACUGGAACUUUUUUUUACAAUUGUUCCAGUGAAUUCCUUUGGUUUAGUCACAUCUAUAAGACACUGCACUAGAAAGAAAAACAGUUCACUUGGGGGCUUUGGUUUGUGCCACUGA